CGGCGGUGCUCAUUUAAUUCAAAUAGUAAACCGUAUUGGUUGAGUUAGGUACAUAAUCAUUUUAUUUACUGCAAAUAAAAAACGUGUAAGUAUUCAAUAACUUCAUUGAUAACGUAACACGACAUUAAAGAAUGUUUUUUGAAUGAGAUCGAUGUUGUCUUUUAAUAAAUAAAUGUUUUAACCGUGAACACUCAAAUGAUAUCCAUGAAACAGUCUGGCGUGCCACUAGUGACCCGAACUUUAUCUAAAUUAUUAUAAACUUGUCUACAGUUCAUAAUAAAAUCGAACAACUAUUUUAUCAUUUAAACUGGAGAUAUCAUUUCGCGCGGUUGUUUGGCGCCUGCGCAGUUCGUACCGGUUUGACAAAUAAGCAACUAUACAUAGAUAUAAUGGGAGGUAACUAUUCAGCUAUGGACCCGAUGGAAGUACCCGUCCCCGAUAUAGCGAAAUUAUUCGAACGUGAUGGUUACUUGAAGCCGUACGAAAAGGAAAUACGUCGCAGAUAUGGAUGCUACAAAGACCUCUGGGACAGGAUAGAAUCCUGGGAAGGAGGAUUCGAUGGGUUCACAAAGGGGUACAAAUAUUUCGGGCCGCAGUUCAACUCCGAUGGCUCAGUUACUUGGCGAGAAUGGGCCCCGGGAGCUCACAGUCUACAUUUACAAGGAGAAUUUAAUGGCUGGAACUCAAAAAGUCAUCCAUUCAAGAAACUAGAGUUUGGUAAAUGGGAGCUAACGAUACCAGCCAAUCAGGACGGGUCCUGUCCCCUGAAACACGAGUCCCGUGUCCAGCUUAUAGUGAAUGAUAACUUGUACCGACUGUCUCCAUGGGCGAACUACGUCAAGCCAUUCGAAGGGUUCACAUACCAACAGUUCAUUUACAGACCAGAUCAACCGUACCAAUUCAAGCAUCCGAAAGUAGCGAAGCCUAAAUCUCCCCGCAUAUACGAGUGCCACGUGGGCAUCGCCACACCGGAGGGCAAAGUCGGCACAUACAACGAAUUUAGAGAUAAUGUUCUUCCUAGGAUUAAGAAUCAGGGUUACAAUGCAAUACAACUGAUGGCUAUAAUGGAGCACGCGUACUACGCCUCCUUUGGAUAUCAAGUCACAAGUUUCUAUGCGGCGAGCAGUCGUUAUGGAACCCCAUGUGAACUAAAGCAGCUGAUCGACAGAGCCCACGAACUAGGCCUCUACGUCCUCCUCGACGUGGUGCACUCCCACGCCUCCAAGAACACGCUCGACGGUCUCAACGAGUUUGAUGGCACAAACUCAUGCUUCUUCCAUGAUGGACCUAGAGGAACACAUCAGCUCUGGGACAGCAGGCUGUUCAACUAUUCUGAGACUGAAGUGUUGAGGUUCCUUCUCUCAAACCUGAGGUGGUAUCAAGAAGAAUACCAGUUUGAUGGAUUCAGAUUCGAUGGUGUGACGUCAAUGCUGUACCACUCGCGCGGUAUAGGCGAGGGUUUCUCCGGCCACUACGACGAGUACUACGGCCUGAAUGUGGACACAGAGGCUCUGGUCUACCUGAUGUUGGCCAACGAGAUGGUGCACAGGAUCGAUAGCAGGGCUCUCACUAUUGCUGAGGAUGUAUCAGGCAUGCCAGCAUCCUGCAGACCGGUGAACGAAGGCGGUACUGGCUUUGAUUACCGCCUGGGUAUGGCUAUACCUGACAUGUGGAUCAAACUCCUGAAGGAAGAAAAGGAUGAAGACUGGAAGAUGGGUCACAUUGUUCACACUCUUACAAACAGGAGGUGGAUGGAGGGCACCGUGGCAUAUGCUGAGAGCCACGAUCAGGCGCUGGUAGGCGACAAAACAAUAGCUUUCUGGUUAAUGGACGCGUGUAUGUACACCCACAUGUCGACACUGAGCGAGCCGAGCGCCGUCAUAGAGCGCGGCCUCGCGCUGCACUGCAUGAUACGACUCAUCACACACGCACUCGGAGGGGAGGCGUAUCUCAACUUUAUUGGUAACGAGUUCGGUCACCCCGAGUGGCUGGAUUUCCCCCGCGCGGGCAAUAACUCGUCGUACCACUACGCGCGCCGCCAGUGGAACCUCGUCGACGACCAGCUCCUCAAGUACAAGUUCCUCAACUACUUCGACAAGGAUAUGAACGACCUCGAGGAAAAAUAUGGAUGGCUCAGCACAGCACCGGCAUACGUGUCAUGUAAGCACGAAGGUGACAAGGUGAUAGCUGCGGAGCGCGCAGGCCUACUGUUCGUGUUCAACUUCCAUCCCUACCAGAGCUUCACAGACUACAGGGUCGGCGUCGACGUACCUGGCAAAUAUCAGGCUGUACUAUGCUCAGAUAGCAAGAAAUAUGGCGGCUUCGGUCGCGUAGAACCGUACGGAGACUUCCAUUUCACGCAGGAACAUCCGUGGGCAAACAGAAAUGAUUCAAUACAGAUAUACAUCCCAUGCCGCACAGCUGUAGUCUACGCCAGAGUGGAUUAGAUCCACAUACAAUGUUGAAAACUUCUUACUUUUAUAUUGAUAUAAAAGUAUUACAAUUUGAAGCCAAUGAUAAUGCUUUAAACCAGUUGAACUUUGUUUGACUCUAAAGUGUGUUAUUGAAAUUGCUAUUUUUCGAAACUUUUGAUUUGGGGAGAGGUUGAAAAAAUGCUAUUGUUAAAGUAGGUAUUAAUUCUACAUUUUUAAAAACUGUUAAUAAAAUAAAUGAUCUGUUAAUAAUUUGUUUUGUAUUAUUUAUUCUUCUGGUGGUAUUCCUAUUAACAAAUCAUUCUUAGGUGUACAUGUGGGAGGCUUCAGCUUCAUGAGUGUCACUUUGUAUCCCAUUUCCUCAGCCAAGCGAGCUCGGUCUGAAUCAAUGAUGGCCAUACAUCUGGCGCCUCUAACAGCCAAUGGAUGCUCCUUGUGCGUUUGGUCAGCUGCAUGGGCUAUACACAAGUAAUUCAAGAUGGGCACACUUGAGAAUGCUUUACUCCUUGGAUAUAUCAACCUAUUUGUAUAAUGGAGUGAUCCGUAGCAGCAAGGACUGACUACAAAUUUUGCUUUUGCCUGCACACAUUUGUCCAGAAUCAAAUCGGUAGCAAUACCACAAGCAUGUAAUCCAACUCCAAUGUCAAAUUCACCAAUAAAGAAAUCUAAGUUGCACUGGAAAAAAAAUACAUUAUUGAUUCGCAACUUUUGGAUUCUCUCCCUGGCUGUAAACAGAGAUUGCACUUUGUUCUCCAGAAAUAUUAUAGUGCAUCGUGGCAGCAGGUAUGCAAGCAGGAUUCCUAAAUGGCCACCUCCAGAGCAAAAAUCUACAAUGACAUCGCCAUCCGUAGCAAUUUUAAGCACAGCUAGAACCAAAUUUUCUAAUUGCUGUGAUUUUCUUUGGGCUCUUGUGUCAGGUAAAAAGCCUGCAUAUGGACUUGCAUGUUCAGGUAUAUCUUUCCAUUCAAAUGCAGGUUCAUAGUUAUUAUCAGAGAUGGGUAAUUCCAUUCCUUCUUUAAUGAAACUAAGAGCUGUUUCUAUGUCUUCUUCCCUAGUGUAUAUCCUCUUUCUGGGAUUAUGCCUUUUAGGAUCAGUUUUGUAAAGGCUAACAUCUUCAGAGGUGGGCAAAGAUAUAUUUUGUGAUGUAGUCUGUUUUAUAUCAAACUUAUCCAUGUAACAAACAAAUGUUUCUUGUACUUUUUGUAAGGACAUGACUUUUUUGUACCAUCUGUAUGUAGUUGGCAGGAGAGAUUCAAAGCGUUGUUCUCCUAUAGUUUGAACAAUUACAUGGUAUGUUGGCAAGAGGACAAGAUCUGCUAGUGUCAAGAAUGGACCCUCAGCAUAUUCAUGAUUUACUUGUAGGUCUUCUAUUUUUGUUGUACUUUCUAUGAGGCAUUCUCUUUUUCUGAGAGAUUUCCAUUUCCUUGAUUUAGCAGUCCUCUGUGCAGCAGAAGUACCUUCACCAGUUUCAUUGGAAUUCUGUUUAUCACUGAGAGCUUGUACCUCAGUAUUUGAUGAUUUCUCUGUAGUGAUCUGUUUAUUACUUUCAAGUAUUUCAGCACAUGUUUGUUGUUCUGCAUUUUCUGGUUGACCAGUUGUUGCUUGCUGUUCAUUAGCUUUACCAUCAUGUUUUGUAACAUCUGCCUUGUCCACCACAGUUUCCACAGAUGGUACAGCUGAUGAUACCAGCUGCUCGUCUUUGUCUGGUUUUUCAGCAGAUCCUUCUUCUCUGACAGAUUGCAGGCUACCACUACUGCUUGCGGGUGCAAUACUGCUGGUGCUUGCCUGUGAACCACCACUGCCACUAGUUCCACAAUCACCUGCUAGUUUGCCCUCUGCAUUGGCUUGCUGCUCAGCUUUCAAACUUUCUUUUUUAAUAUUUCGUGCAACUUUAUAAAUGUUAUGGACUCUGACGGGUUUCCUUAAAUGAUGUUCAAACCUUACCAAAUGUUUAGGUAAUUCUUUUAACUCCUCAGCAUUUGUUAUUUCUUGCAUAGCCUUUAUCAUAUCAAUUUCACAGAAUUUCGUCCAGAUGGAAACCUCGUUUGGUGCUUGGAGGCAACUAUGGCGGAAACCUAGUAACCCUUCUUCAUGUUCCUCGGGUAUCCUACCACAUGUUCUAAAAAAAGAAAUAUGUCUAGCUACUGCACAGAGGCCAGUCACUAUGAGGUCAUCACUCAUAAUAACUGGGUAAACGCAUAAUGCCACUGGCCAUGGUAUUUCAUAGUCAUUUAUCAUAUAAACAAGGUUCUCUUCAGCUAAAGUAACCGCUGCCUUUGCUUGUUCUGGUGUUGGCUUUACUGGAACGAAUCUUAACACAAUAAAGGUACUCGGACAAUACUUGAAGACGCAAAAUGAGAUAAAUGUCUCUAGGGGCACCUUCAUCCUAUGGGUUUCCUGAUACUCUUUAUAAAAUGUGUAUGUUUCCAGGUGCACUAUGGUAUAGGUUUUCUUCCGAAAAGUUAUUCCAACCAUGAUGAACUUAUAGCUCUAGUUGGUCGUUUAUGCAAAAUUUACGCAGUAAUUAAUCCGUUUUUCUUUCCUUCACUCAAGUCAAUCAAUAAAAUAGGUACAAUUUAUUUAUUAUUUUGUAAACCUGACACUUGUGGCAGGACGAAAAUGUAAAUACCGGUUGCC